GUAAUGAAAAAGGGAAACAGGGACCUGGCAUCCAUCUUGAAUAGCGCUCGAGGCAAAAAUGCCAAACCGAUCUCACCAUUUACAAUCCAGCAUUACUGGCAAGGCAUGCUGUUGGCUGUACAGGCAAUCCACCAGGAAGGUAUCAUUCACUCAGACCUUAAGCCUGCCAACUUUCUGCUUGUAAAUGAGACUGUUAAGCUGAUUGACUUUGGUAUUGCAUCCUCCAUUCAACAAGAUAUGACUAGUGUGAUCAAGGAUAGUCAGGCUGGAACCUUUAAUUAUAUGAGCCCAGAAUCCUUGUUGGAUGUGCAUUCAGGUCCAAUCAUCAAUGGUCGUUCUGGAGACCGUCCAACUAUUAAGAUUGGUGUGAAGUCGGAUGUUUGGUCAUUAGGUUGUAUUUUGUAUAAUUUGGUAUAUGGCCGUACACCAUUCCAGCAUAUAAGCAACCCCCUACAAAAGCUGUCAGCAAUCUCUGAUCCUAAUACUAAAAUAAACUUCCCUGAAAUUGAGAAUAAACUCUUGUUAGAGGUGUUGCAGCUUUGCUUGCAAUUUGAUCAGCGAAAACGUCCUAGCAUCUCAGAGUUGUUAGAACACCCAUAUCUAACAGCCAAGCCAGGAGAAGGUGAAACCCCACAGAAGGAACCUCGCCUUAAGUCCAUGCUACAGCAGCUGUCGCAGCUCACCCCAAAUAGCUUAAGUAAAAUAACUUCGAUGAUGCAACAGAUGCAGUCAGAUCCCAAGCCAGAGUUCUAAAUAUAUUUACUGGAGGAGUUUCCCACCAAUAUUCUGUAAAUAGGCUAACACAAAUAUAUAACCUAGAAGUGAUGUAUGUAUAUAUAUAUUCUGAGAAAUUUUUUUACAGAGUUUUAGGCUUUUUUAUUUACUAGUUACAGACUAAAGUAGAAAGUAUAGAUUCGUUGCUUAUCAGCCAUAUAAUCAAUGUACUUUAGGUUGAAGGGAAAAACAGCAGCAGCUUUGAAAUGUAUCCAUUUGCUUGGUUAAAAAUAGUUUCAGUUUUGUAUACUGACACUAGAGAUGGCAUAGAACAGGUCUUUGUAAAUUCUUAUGCCUUCUGGUGGCAAAAAAAA